UUUUUUACUAGAAAAAACAAAAUUCAUUCAGAUCAAGCGGCGCAAACUUCUCCAUUUUCAUGGGUCCCACUCCAACACACUAACACUUCAUCUUAGCCGUCCAUUCCAAGUGUCGUUCUAGAAUUACCUUAUCAUCUUCCACGUGUCUCACAACCUAGAAACCAAAUUGACGAUUCUACCCUUCCUUCUCCUACUCAUCCCCGUCUCCUCUGACCGGCAAAUUCAUGUGAUCAGUUUGGUUAUUAUAUUAUCUUUUUUCUCUCUCUCUCUCUCUCUCUUUUCCUUUGCCCACCAAUUUCUGUUUUCACUUUUGCGAUUCAGAUCUACAGAUCUUUAUACUCUUCUAUUGCUAGUUGACCUUCGCUGGAAGAGCUUUUCUGUGGCCAUUUUCUCUCGAAGGGAGGAAGGCCAUGUGAGUUGUUGCAAGCAGACAAGUAUAGACAUCAUUUUGUUGGGUUUUCAGUGGGCUUAGUAGUUUGGUUAGUUGCUGCCAGAUGGGUAAAUGCAAGGCUUGUGGCAAACUAAGAAGAAUGGUGAGUGAUGGGCCUAUGAGUGCUUACCAGUCUUCUCUUCUUCAAUCUCCUGUUGUUUCUGUCUGGGACUGUAUUGUUCGUAAAAUCCGUUAUUCCCUUAGACCUGAGUUUGUGUAGGUGUUCUUUUAGUAAAAGCUUUAGAUUGGAUAGUAUAGUUUUUUGCAAUAGUAUUAAUAACAGGGCAUAGAAGAAAAGAUAAUAAAUUAGUUAUAGAGAGAAUGAACAUGUCUUAGAGAUAUCCACAACAAAGGGAAAUUCGGAUAGGUUCAAGUGUUACUGAUUCAUAAUUAGUUGGCAAAAUGGAAUGUGCUAAGGUUGCAACUGCUGUUAGAAAAGGCAAGAAGAAGCAAGUUAAGGAUGAGUUGGAUCGAAUUAAACAGGCUGAGAAAAAGAAGAGGCGCUUAGAGAAAGCCUUGGCCACUUCAGCUGCCAUCCGUUCUGAACUGGAAAAGAAGAAGCAGCAGAAGAAAGAAGAACAGCAAAGGCUUGAUGAACAGGGCGCUGCGAUUGCUGAGGCAGUUGCUCUUCAGGUUCUACUUGACGAAGAUACAGAUGAUUCAUGUAAUCUACUCCUAAAGAAGGAAGAAGGAUGGAACUCGUGGGAUCUUAAUAGCAGUUUUGACUUCUUCGUGGGCAGAGGAAGACCCAUGCUUCCGCACCAAGACUUUUCAACAUAUUCAGUUGAAGGAACAGAUUGGGUUUCUGGUGCAAGCGGGUACAGAUGCAUGUCGAAUGAGUGGGGAAAUUCAGAGUGGAUGGUUUCAUCUGGAACUUGGGUAAGGGAUGAUAUUAACCAUCAAUAUUUUGAUGAGGGAAAUUGGGAGGUUGCAAGAUUUUCUCCUGGUUUUAUUGCAGCACAGUCCUUAUCAUCUCUUCAGAUAGCUGAAGAUGCUCCAGUGAACUCUUAUGUCUUCAAUCAGGUGUUGAAGGAGUGAAUUAAUUGGAAGUCUUGGGUUUGUAAUCCAGUUGGUGGUGCCGAAUUGCUAUUUUCUUUUUUCCUUUAUGGGUUUGAAUAAUCCCCUGUAUAUAUUUGAAGGUGAAACUCACCACCUCGUUUGUGUUAUGUAAGCUUUUGCUCUUGCUUGUGUUUUAAAAUUUACUGUGGGCAUUUCUAUAAGUAAUGCACUGGUGAUUUUAUUUA